AUGGCCGACCUCGCCGUCCUCAAGUUCCACCUCGGGCGAGUUCACCGAGGCCUCCGGUUCUACUUCUACCGCGUCAUCCCCUUUUACGGCGAGAGCGGGUGGAGCCUACUCGAGCUGUCCAUGCUCGUCAUGUACGCCCGGUGUCUGAAGGAGCUCAAGCGGCUGGACGACUACGUCAACAAGGCGCUGCGGCAGCUCUUGUGCAAGGCGGCUAUGGCCGAGAGAGACAAGCGGCAGCAAAAGUCGAAGCUCCGGUUAAGCAUCGCGUCGGCCACGCAGUAUCCCGACACUUCUGCUAUAUCCGGGUUCCUGGCUGAUCUGCUGGAGGUGUCGGCAUCGCUUGAGAAGGAUGUCAGGGUCCCAUUGACCAAUCUGUUUUGUGACUUGGGUCUCGACGGGCCCCCGUUCUACGACGACGACCAGGACAGCUUUUCGCUGUUCUUUGAUCUCCGUAGUCUGUUGGUGGACGAGUUCGAGGCCAGCUCGGUCAGCUUGCGGAUCUCGAGUCCCACGGGAGGGAGCAAGGAAAUCUGGCUGCAGAGCAAGGGCCCCGUCACCAUCCGGCCCGGCCCGAACAAGGUGAGGGUCCAGAGCACCGUCAUGAUGGAGGGGGCUUUCGAGGUGGACCAAGUCCGCCUGACCAGCAACAAGGUGCUGAUGCACUACGACCGAGACAUUUACCAACAGCCCGUGGACAAGGGCUGGGCGGGCUUCAAGAGCCCGCGCGUUAAUCUGUACCAGCGCUCCAGCUGUCUUGAUGUGCAGCUGCUGGCUGCCGAGGAGCUGCAGCUGGACAAGAAGAAGUCGCUGGACCUUGAGGUUUCGACCGGGUGGAACGAUAUCACCACAUGCGAGGUCAAGAUCAAGUCUGCCACGGGCGGCCUGCGAAUGGUUAUGAGCGAGGCCAAGGUGAUCGGGUCGCCGCAGCCGACAAGCUCGCAGGGCGGUGCGUUUACGUUCGGCGCGAUGGAGGCGAACAGCUCCAUCAAAAUCCGGUUCCCGUUUACCGUGGAGCAUGAUGUCCUCGAUGUGGCCGUCCGGGCCGAGGUGACGUACUCAACCGAUAAGGGCACCUUCACCUUCUUCAAGGCCUCGUCGGUGCCCAUCUCGCUCGCUCUCGAGGUGAACGUGCAGGACAUCUUCAAGCACGACGCCCUUUUUUCGCGGUUCGCCGUGUCGACCGCCAGCGACAGCCCGCUACGGCUGCUCAAGAGCGAGCUGAUCGGGUCUGAUUUGUUCGAGUCCCACUUCGGGCAGCCGUCGAGCCAUCCCGUCAUGGUGUUCCCCAAGCAACCAGCCAGCCUCCUGUACAAGAUCACCCGCAAGCCCGGGUCGAAGCUGGACCCCAAGGCCAAGAAGACACUCUACCUCAAGCUGCACUACAGCGUCAUCCAAGACGAGAUCGCGGCGCUCUUCUCGCAGGCUCUCACCGCCGCCCUCGCGACCACGCCACUCAAGGAAUUCUCCAAGGUCCUCGUAGCCGCCGUUCUCACCAACGUCCGCUCCGGCCUCUCGGCCUACGACCUCGAGAAAGCCACCCUCCUCGGCGAGCUGCCCACGGCCUUUCUCGCCGCCAUCCCCUGGGAGAAACACCUCCCCAGCGUUAGCCCCACCCAACACAACAACACCUCAAAAACAACCGCAACCCUCCCGGGCUUCCUCCGCGCCUGGCUGCGCACCCAUCCAACCCUCCCCUUGCCGCUCGCACCAACAACAGACCAGCCCCCACACCCCGCCAUCACCCCGACCACCAUCCUCAUCCCGGUUGACAUCCCCCCAGUGUCGGUCGUCCACACAGCCGACAUCCGCUUACAGCGCCCGCUGCCUUCGCUUACCGCACCCCGCCCCCACCACAGCAACCACCAAGAAAACGGCGAUGCCAACGGCGAUGGUGGUGACAAAUUCGAAGAUGAAGACACCACCGAAGGCUGCCCCACCGUCCUCCUCAACCAGGUCCUCCCCGCCACCCUCCACCUCAAAUGGACCCGUCUCUGGGACACCGACACACCCACGCCCGGCCCAGGCGGAACUGCGACAGCUGAGCCACGGACGCGCGGCCGCGACUUGGAGUUUGUGUACGAGAUUGUUGCGGCCGCGGAUACUUGGCUAGUUGGGGGAAGGAGGAAGGGGCAUUUUGUUAUUCCGGCGGUGGGGACGCCAACUCCUUCGGGUUCUGGUUCUGGUUCUGGUGGUGGUGGUGAUGGUGAUGGGGAGGGGGGCGUGGUGGGGUUAAGCUCGACGGUGGAGACGGAGGCGGAGAUUCCGGUGGUGUUGGUGCCGUUGCGGGAGGGAUAUUUACCGUUUCCGGGGGUGGAGAUUCGGGAGGUUGGUGGUGGUGGUGGUGGUGGUGCUGGUGCUGGCGGUGGGGGAGAUGGGGAUGGGAGUCCGGGUGUGGGUGGGGUUGGGAGUGGUGGCGGUGGUGGUGGUGGUGGUGGUGGGGGGCUUUCCGUUCCUUUUACUUUUCCCCCGCUCCCAACCCAUCAUUGGUACUUGACUCAAGCAACAAACCUGUACGCCAAAGCCUCCGCAGACAAACCUGUAGGCCAAAAGCCUUCGCAGUUGACCCCGAAGCUUCUCAAGCUCGAUCAAACCUCCCAUUACCUAUACUUGCCCAUCGGCUGCCCGCACUUCCGCGCCACCCCCGCUCGCCCGUUUGUGUUCUUCGUUUCAGGCGAGUUUAAGGAUUUCCCAAGACCUCCCAAGCCCUAA